AAAAAAAAAAAAAAAAAAAGAAAAAAGAAAAACCCUGGAAGUGGAGGGAUUGUCUGUAGGGAGAAAGUGUCUAGUGGUCAGUAGUAUGAAUGGAUGAAGAACUUCCGUCUCCUUCCUUUACAGAUAAUAAUAAUAAUAAUCCAAAUAAUACCAACGACAGUAGGAACAACAAUCGAAACAACACCAGUGGUGGUAGCAGCGAGAACAAUAACAGAAGGCACUCGUUCCUCUACCUCCUUUCCUCUCUGUUGUUGCUUUUUCUUAAUAGUCUUUCGUUCUUUCUUUUUACCCCUUCAGUAUUCUAUCGUCUUCGUUGCUUUUUGACGCGCGCCUCCUUCUGACAGAUUGAUUGACUGCUUGGCUGGGUCUUGUAACCUGGACCGGGAUCCUGGUUUGCAGAGAAUUACCACAAGCCACCGAGAAUUGACAGAUCGCUUUUUUUUUAUUUUCUUUUUUCUUUUCUGGUCUAUACUUCGGUUUCGGU